GUUUCCAGAUGUUUUUAUCUUCGCCUUCCGGCCAACACUUCUUUCGUCAUAUCAAAUUGCUCCGCUAUAUUUGUAUCAGUGGAGCGAUAUGUAGCCACCUUGAAGUCAAAAACAUACGAGUACGGUCACAAAAACAUCGGAUUCGGCUUAUUGCUCCUGCAGACAGCAGUGGCUGGCGGACUUCUUGGGAUGGUCUACUCUCAGAUAAAACUGAAUCACACACCACUCUACUACUGCCAAGCGACGUCGAGAUCAAAUUUCAUGUGGUCAAUAUAUCCGCUUUGUGCUCUGCUUACUAUGCAACUCCUCGCCGUCUUUAUUUUCGGAAUGGCUAAUAGGAAGAACAGGGCUCGCUUGUCGUCAGCAAUGCACGCUGAUCUCUCUAGCCGUUAUCAAAACGAAGAGAAUUUGUGGACGAUCAAGUCGUUGAAAUUGUAUGUCUACACUAAUACAACGCUCACUGCUACCUAUAUCACUGCUAUCAUUAUAUUGCUUUUCAACAAUGAGCUUUUCUCGCUGCCCACUUAUUACGCUCUCGUGGAUGGUAAAGAUUUUUUUCUAGUAGCUUAG